AUGUCUCACAGACCACCCCCAGCUUACACAGCACCACCCGAUUCGGGCGUGCAUGCGACGUCGCAGCUCUACCGCUCGAUCUCCGAAACCGCUUCUACAGCUUCUGCGCGUAUUCUCGAGGAGUCAUUCACAAUCAGACCCUGCUCUGGUCAAGCGUGGGUCGUCCCCGCCGGCUCAGUCUGUCGCCUGACCACACCCAAGGGACCCCAGGUAGGCGACUUGAACAUCUGGAACGCAAACAACCCCCGAGAGCGAAUGUGGGCAGCGCGUACCCGCCAAAUCCACGCCUCCCACGUCUCAGUGGGUGAUCGGCUGUGGUCGAACCUGCCAUAUCUGCGGCCCCUCGUGACGAUCACUGGUGACUCGCUGGGCGGCGGACAGCUGCAUGAUGUGCUUGGGCCAGAUGGAAAGAGAAAGCCAGAGGUCGUGUUCGGGACUACGCAGUUUGGAGGACGCGUGCAUGACUUGAUGGGUACUCGCUGUGAUCCCUACGUCAACUUGCUUAUGGGUGGGGAGACCUUUGAUUUCCACUGUCACUCGAACUUGACUCGUUCUGUGACUCCCUAUGGGUUGACUGAGUUGGAUGUUCAUGAUGUCUUGAAUGUGUUUCAGGUGACUGGGUUGGAUGAGGAUGGGAAGUACUUUAUGGAGACAUCCCCUGCAAGGGCGGGCGAAUACUUUGAGUUCUUUGCAGAGAUGGAUGUUCUCUGUGCGCUUUCUGCUUGUCCUGGUGGUGAUCUUUCCAACUGGGGGUGGGAUGAUAAGGAGGGUGAUAUGGGUGCCACUUGUCGCCCACUGGGUGUGGAGGUGUAUCAAUUGGCUGAUGAUAAGGUGCUUGAAGGUUGGAAGGCUCCCGAAUGCCCCAAAUACCAGGGUAUGCAUGGUAUGAAAAUGCCCACUCGUGAUGAAGAUGGAUAUAUUGGAGUAUGA